UUGCAAAACAAUAUUAAUCACCGUAGAAAAUCUUAUCGAAUCCAUACAGCAUUUAGUAUAAAAGUCAACGGGACAGUACAGCUCCAUAUUACAGUAUUCAGUUUCUAUACCUAUUAGUUGCAAGCACGAAAAUGAAGGUCUUGCCGUCUUUGAUUUUGUUAGUUUUGGUAAAUUAUGCUUAUGCGGCAGAUACAACAAAGGUAGGCUCUUGUCAUGAUGUUCUUUUACCAGAAGUAACAAUGAUCGUAGACAACACCAUUUGUACAGAGGGGCCGUGUGUUAUGAGCCCUGGAUCAGACGUUUCUAUAUUGGUCUCCUUUGAUACCCCUGUAAAAUUGGAGCAUAUUAAGCCGAAACUCAUAGCUACAGUAGGAGAUGUUGAGUUAGAAGUAUCUCUGGGCCAAGACGAUGCUUGUGAAGGAAUUGUGAACACGAAAUGUCCAGUGGCAGCUGGCGAACACGUCGAUUAUGAACACGAACAGGUUCUAAGUGACAUCUAUCCCGAGGGGGUUGCUACAUUGACUUCCGUUUUACUUGAUCUCGACAACGAUGGUGCUGAAGUGAUAUGCUAUACCAUUGAUGUUCUAAUUGAGAAAUCAUAGUGUGGACAUUGAUACAAAUACGAACAAUAAAGUAAAUAGUGCAUUUAUAUU